AUGCGGGGCGUGGGGGCGGUUGCACCACCCAUGCGACACGGGCCCCUUUUUCUUGACGGCCACUCGCGUCGUGCCGAGGAGCAGCUGGCCUUCCAAGACAAGUACCACGACCGCAUGGCGCGGCUCACCGGCGGUGGGGCGGACGAGAACUACGCUGCGUGGGGCUUGGAUGAGCCUCGUGGCGGGCUCCGCGAGCCGGCUCCCGACUACUGGGCGGAGUAUGCGAAGAAGCUCGAGCAUUCGGGGCUUCCACGCCUUGGCGAUGACAGCUCGCGGGCAAAGGCAGCGGCCCAAACGCAAUCCCCGCCGCCGCGUGGGAGUUUUGACUCUCCACCCGACAUGCGUCCUUCGCCUGGGCGGUGGGAGACGUACUCGGCGACGAAAUCUCCGGCACGAUUGCCGGAGGAGAGUGUCCUGCACCGUCUGGAUUGGCUGGCACAGGAGAAGAGUGAGCCCAAUUCCACAGAAGUUAUCGAUUUGCUCCGAGAAGUUGAGGAGGUCCUGGAGCAUGAGGGCUCACAGAGGCGUGAUGAGUCGCGCGUGGAAGUGCGUUCUCCUCUGACCGGCGCCUCUGCCACAAGCUGCUUGCCUGCGUCUCGUUUGCAUGACCCUGGGCGGCCCAUGGGAGUUCCUCCAGCUCCGCCCAUUCCUACGAAGGCCGCGACAGUCUCCAACACCACCACCAACAAGAACAACAACAUGGAUGCAAAUCUCACUAGUACUAGCCGUUGUCGUACUGCGCCACCAGCGACUACUCCAACAGCCGCCCCUUCAUUCCAACAUGUGUCGCAAGGUGCCUCCUCAGGGGCACCGCUACAAGGGGCGGACUGGAGUCAGGUGUCAAGGUGCCAACAGAUGGAGUGGUACCGCACUUACUACGCAUGGAUGAUGUACUACGCACAGUACUAUGGGUCUCUGCUCGCCUCUCAGCAGCAGCAACAUCAACACCAACAAAAGGAGAAGGAAAAGGUGUUACACAAGAAUUCAAACAAACAGCAGACUAACCUCAAGGAGCUAAGUCGGGAGUAUAAGAAAUUGGCUUUGGAAGUCGAGCGCCUUAGUCAAAGCUUCUGGAGCCAUGCGUCUGCGAAGGAAAGUGCCUCAACCCAAUCCCCUUGUAGGGACAAAAUGCAACGUAAAGGUCGACGAAGACCACCACCUCUGCAUCCUGGAGAAGAUGAGUAUACACUCUACCGCUCGGACCGCGGUCACUCUUCUCUUCUUGUUCCUUCUCAUUACUCGGAUUCGGCUCCGCCGGAUGAUGAGGAGGAAGGCCCCAUUCUUGCUCAGACGACUCCUGCUGCGGCGGCUUCCAAGGCGGGACUCGGCCCAAGGGCACGUCUGCGCCGAGACUCGUUGGGCAGACGAGGCGAGCUGGCACGUGGAGCCUCUCAACUGGACGCCCCAGAGAAGGUAAAGGCAUUCUAUGGCCGACGCUCGGAUAUGCCUUGGCUUCCGCCACAGCGGCAAUCACCUGACGCAAACCACGCUCCGCUCGCUCCUCGGCCAACUGGUCGUGACAUCUCCUGGCUGUACAAGUACGAAGAGAGCGAGGCGGAGAAGAAGUCGCGGUCUGACACCGAUGAGGAAGGGGCUUGGGGCCGUGACGACGAGGAGCAAACUUCAGACCCCCCGUUGAGUCAAGAGGGCGGAAGUGCGCUGCCUCCCAGUUCCUCGCGGUAUGACUUCCAAGGGCCUGGGAGGCAGAAAGAGGGGCGUUCGUCUGUCUACGAGAGACGGAGGAGAGAGUUAGAGCAGGAGAAACCACGCUGGUGCUUUUGA